AUGGAGACGUAUUACGGGCACGUCCGCACUCCUGCGGACGCUAUUAUUCUAUUUGAGGCUUGUCGCAUCGGCCUUUUACCACGAGUUCAAAGACGACUUUCAGAAAAAGAACGACAGUCGAUCCGAUCUGGCUCGGUUUUUGUCUGGGAUGAGCGCGAAGCGGGCAUGCGACGAUGGACCGACGGAAAGUCAUGGAGCGCCAGUCGUGUGUCGGGGAGCUUCUUGACUUAUCGGGAAAUGGAAGGCAAGCGUGGAGGUGGUGUCGCCCAGAGCUCUUUACAACGAGGGGGCAAGACACCCGAGAGCCGGGGCAGCGAUGAAGACCGAGGCGACGGGACAGAUGAGGGUCCAGAUGGGUAUCGAUACAAGCCCGACGGCCUGAUGAAGCAGUCUUUCAGUAUCACGACUUCCAACGGCCAACACCUCCAUUUGAUCAGCUAUUACUCGCGCUCUCACCCAUCUGCCGCUAACCUACAACAACCAACUACCGAUCCCGCACUGCGCCAUGUUCGCCCGCAAAAGGGUCUCUACCCGGAAUCCACUGUGAACGACCAACAAAAUCUGCCAGUAGUCACUCGGGGACCCAUGCAGGGUGCCUCUUACCCUAUUACGCCUCAUCCCAUAGGCGCUUACCAGCGCGCCACCCAUGCACCCCCAUUCCCACAAGGCUAUGCAUGGCCCCCAACUCCCUUAGCCACGCCCCCUACUGUUUCAGUUCCCUAUGGCGCCCAAUAUCUUCCCCCGAUGGCAGCCGCUGGGCCACCCCCGUAUGGCCCACAACACCACCAACCGCCGCCGCUGCCGCCCCAUCAACACUCUAACCUCCCACCCCCUCCACACGGGAUCCCCGGCCCAUAUGACCGGCCGCCUCAUGUCGAGGCGCUACCAGGUGGUCCCCCUCCCUACGUAACUCGGUCGCCGCGCACAAUGCAGGACCAGCAUGAGCAAAGAAGUCCCCCGGUAUACGGGCAUGCGAUGGUCGACCCGCGCGUCGCUUCAUCACCGCGAGUACCAGUGCAGCCCUUAGUACAACCGAACGGGCACACACACAGCCCCCGCAUACCGAAACAGGAGCACCCCGCCUUGCAGCCUCUCAACCCCAUCGGCACACCACCAAAGCCCUUGGACCCGAGUACCGGCAACGCAGUCCCAGGUAUCAGCUCGUUGAUGAACGGCGCCGCCCUCGCUCCUCUCUCCGCAUCGACCGCACCACCCCCUCCGGGUGCUGUGGCAAGCGCGAACGGAGCACCCGCCCAGGGAACAUCAGGCGAGGGGCCGCGCGACAUCCCGAACGAGAAAAUCGGAUUCGGAGGCGAGGAUAUGAGAGCCCUGCGCCAGCUAGACCGGGCUUUCAUCGCAUAA